AUGGCUGGGGAAAAACCUUCUCUGGAAGAGUCAACCGGGACGAGAGAUGUCCCAAUCCAAGCCUUGGGAGAGGAUUCAAUGACAUGGCGUUCUGCAUUUACGCCCCGAGUCAUUCUCAAUCUAUUUUUCCUGGGCAUUGCCAAUGCCUCAGCCACGGGAAUCGUUAUAUUCUUGUCAAUCCUCUUGAAUCAGUACCAAGCCACAUUUGGCCCGUCCACCAUUUCUGGCUGGACACCCAUUGCACAUCUUACCGUGGCUACUUGUCUGUUCCCGUUGAGUGGCCGCUGGUCCGAUCUAAUUGGACGACGAUACUUCUUCAUUGCCGCCAAUGUCUUUGCUGUGAUUGGGAACAUUAUUUGCGCCAAAGCAGAUUCAUUUAACAUGAUGAUAGCAGGUUCUGCUGUUUCUGGUGUCUCCACCGCUUGUAAUCAGCUCGCUCAAGCUGCAAUGCAAGAGCUGGUACCAAAUCAAUUCAAGCCCUAUGUCUUGUCUAUAUUAUCGGUCACCACGAUCCCUAUUCAAUUCGCUCCGCUUAUUGCCGGCUCAUUCGUUAGCGACUAUUCGAUCAGCUGGAGAGGAUGUUGGUGGGUGAUGACAGCGAUUAAUGGGAGUGUAUUGGUCGGAAUCGUGGCACUCUACUUUCCCCCAGACAGAACUACAGUUCAGGAAGAGGGAACUCUCAGCCAAAGAAGUCUCAAGUACGAAGUCAUUCACUUCGACUGGAUCGGCUUUGUGGUUCUUGCGGGAUCCCUUACCUCGAUGCUUAUCGGCCUCCAGUGGGGUGGAACAAGUUAUCCUUGGUCAUCGGGUCAUGUAUUGGGGCCACUCAUCACGGGUAUUGUCGCAUUGAUCGGCUUCUGCAUCUAUGAAGCCGUUGUACGACCGGAGAUACCAUUGGUCUCGAUGAAACUUCUUGGACAUGUUCGAUCAUUCGUCAUGCCCACCAUUGUCGUCGGAGUUUCAGCAAUGUGUUAUUACUCGCUCAACAUACUCUGGCCACUCAUGAUCGCAUCUUUGUGGACAUCGAAUGCACGGACACAGAGCUACUUUCAGAUGGUGGCGCCUGUAGCCAAUAUCAUCGGAGGCACUCUCUACGGCCCUAUUGCCAAAAAGCUCAAAUUUUACAAAUACCAGAUGGUUGUCGGUGUUCUCAUUCAAGGAGCCUUCACAGCUGCGCUGGCGGCCAGCGACUCCGGAUCUAGGGUCAUGUCCUCUGCUUUUGUUGCAGUGGCAUCCUUUUUCCUGGUCUUCAUCCAGCUCAACGCCAUGCUUUGUAUUUCGACAAGCCUCCCUACCACCUUACUUGGAUCGGCCUUUGGUUUGGCUGGCACCUUCCGGUAUUUUAUUGGGUCAGUGGCGUCUGCGAUCUAUAUCAGUGUCCUGAACAACGAACUCAAGGACAACCUGCAAGACGACGUUACUUCCGCAGCUCUGGGUGCAGGAUUGCCGGCGAGUUCCCUUGAGCAGCUGUUCGGAGCCAUCCAUGCCGGAAACCCUGCUGUCAUGGCCCAAGUUCCAGGAAUCAAUACCUCUAUUGAGGUUGCUGUUGCCUCUGCCGCCAAGACCGCGUAUGCGGACUCUUUUAAGACGGUCUUUCUUGUGUCAAUCGCGUUCUGUAACAGUGGAAAUCAUGUCGAGAUUCGCAAAAGCCAUGCCUUCAAUCACGACCAUGCAGAUGCAGAAAGGUACGAUGGCUACUUCGAGAAGGUUGUGUUUCGAGAGAAACGCCUGCUCAACACGGCGUCUACUCUGCAUUGGGCGUUGGCGAUUGAAGCGCUGCAAGAUUUCAGCGCACGUCAAAAUCAGGAAGAUGAAAGUGUAGACCAAGGCGAAGAGCAGGCUCGUCUCGAGGAAGAGGUUGAUUGA